CACAACAAAAGUAGAAAAUUUCGCAACUGCAAGCGCAACUAUUCUCACACAUCUAGCACAGGCACUUCCCUCCUAGACUAGCAAGAAGCUACCGCUCCGUCUCUUCCUCCCGCUCUUGUGCUUCUCUCGUUCGCCCCUGCCUCCCACAAGCUCCAUACCCCUUCGCCCCUUCCCAACAUGGAUGCGCUGGCGGGUUAUGGGUCAGACGACGACGUCAGCGACGAAGAGCCCUCGCAGCCAUUCCAGUCAUCCGCACCUGCCGCGCCAGCUGCCGCUCCAGCAACUUCCGCUGUGCGCGCUACCCCCGUUAAACAUGCCACUUCUGUAAGCCAGAACCAGUCUGAGGACAACUUCUCACCAGCCUCGCAGCAGCAGCAGCCAAGGCAGGGCCUAGGCCUGGCCCUGCCGCCCCCAUCGGCCAAGCGCGGAUUUCUCGGAUCUCUUCCGCCGCCGCGAUUCGCGGGUUCCGCAGCCGGGGCGUCCGCCCCUUCCCCCUGGUCCGCUAGGGAAGCGGAAGUGGAAGACAGCUUAUUUGCGCCACCUCCCGCCGCCUCCCGCGCGGCCUUUUCCGCCAUAGCAGACGCGACUGCAGGUGCAACGUCAGCAGACGGUGAGCCGUCAGAAAGCCUCACGGACAGUCUCGGUUCUAGUCGGCCGCGGUCAGGGCUGUUCGCUGCCCUCCCGCCCCCAAGACAAACGCCCGGGUCAGCACUUGGGGUGGGGAUGGGUGUGGGACUCGGAGGAUUGGGGACAACGGGAGAAGAGCCUUCGACCACCGUGGGAUUUGGGCGAGGAGUAGGCGGAAGGGUGGGUGCAGGAGGGGGUGGAGUAAGCGCGCCUGGUGGGGGAAAGAAAGUGGUGAAGGUUCAGCUGCCGGUGGGUUCGUCCCUGUUCUCGUUCAGCGGCCAGGGGAGAGGAGCAGCAGCAGGAUCAGGAGGAGCAGGAGGACCAGGAGGAGGAGAGGGGAGGGGAAGGGGAAGGGGGCCAGGCAUAGGGUCAGGCGCAGCAGCGGCGGAUUUUGGGGAGGAUUCGGAGUCGGACGAGGAGGAGAGGGCGCGCAAGACUCGUAUCCGCGAUCGCAACGCAGCAGCAGCAGCUGCAGCCGCAGGGGGCAAGAGAGGCCUGGCGGCGUUCCUGCCAGCGCCCAAGAAUUCCCUGGGCAUGGGGGGAGCCAUGGGGGGAUCUGGAUCCACGAGGCUGGAUCUCACAGGGGGGGGGAGAGGGGGAGGGGGAGGGGAAGGAGGGAGGGGAGGGGGUGAUGUGGAGGCAGGAGCAGGGGAGGGACGGCUGUACCCACAGGUGCCACAACCAGGAGGGGUGUCUGCAGGGGAGCAGCAGCAUACAUGGGGCGGUGGUGCUUACAGUGGUGGAGGGCACUAUAACGAGGGGUACGCAGCGUCCGCCACUGCAGCCCCAGCUGAAGGCUACUAUAGCCAAAGUAGCCAGAGUUACUAUCACCCAGAGCAAGGCCCUGCAGCAGCAUCAGCCGCCUAUGCACAUGCAUACCCGGACCCAAGCGCAUAUGCAUACCCUGAUGCAAGCGCACAUGCACACCCACACGCACAUGGGUACGGUUACGGGUACGACAGUGGCACAGGAGCAGCAGUGGAAGGCCAAGCAGUGAACCUAGCAGGACAAGGAGCCGCCAUGGGGGACUAUGGCGCAGCAGCGCUGGUAGCAGGGGUGGCAGAAGGGGGGGGCGGACUGGCAGGGGAGGGGCUAGGGGCAGAGGCGGGCACAGAGGCGCUGGCUCGGAUGGCGAGGAAGAGAGGGAGGGGGCGGGAGGCGAUGGAGGUGGCAGCAGCAGCUGCUAAUGUGGUGGAGGUGAAGCAGGCCGACCUGACCAAGGGCAGGGUGCGCCCGGACCAGAUGCGCUCCACUGGCAUUGCCUUCGGACCCACCUAUGCUCCGGUGUCGGCUGCGGGCAACAAGCCGUCCAAGGUGCAUCGGCGCAAGCACCAGAUCGGGUCGUUGUACUUCGACAUGCGGCAGAAGGAGACGGAGCUCACAGAGCGACGCGCCAAGGGCAUGCUCAGCAAGGCAGAGACCCACGCCAAGUACGGCUGGUGACGACAUACUUGCCGCUAACACAUGCAUGCAGGAGGCGAGCACAUGCAGGCAUCGGCGCAUGCUGUCACCUUGCUGCCAACAUGUGACAAACUCAUGGCUUCUGAUCGCCGCCCCUCUGCUGGCUGGCUGUCCUCAUCCGUCCACGGCUUCUGGUCUCUGCGCUGUUUUGUUUGCUCCAAACAUACCUCCCUGCUGGCCUGUUAGAUGCAUUGUUGUGAGUUGCACAUACCAAAUUCCCGAGUAAAGCUUGAGCUAACCACCACCACCAUGCAUGCAAGAAACACUACGCAGCAGAUACCGUAAGGCAACUGCCUGAAUGUCUCGUACAUUAAUUUU